AUGACACUGGCGGGCAUGGGAGCGGCCUUCAUUGUUUUGGACCCUGAAUAUGCUAAACCUACUCAUCGAGGCGCUCGGACAACUGUCUUCAUCAGCCUUGGUCUGUGUGCAAUUGUCCCAGUGACCCAACUAUUUCUCACGCAUGAAUUCAACGAACUCGUCUCGGACAUGGGUGUCCAAUGGCUACUGCUCUCAGGUGCACUGUACAUUGUCGGCGCAUUGCUAUAG